UCGCGUACUUCAGCGCACUUUGGAAGCUCAGUUUUCAGUUAGGAGGUAGCGCGCGCGCUCGUGCAAAGCUCGCCUCACGUGCUUGCGCGUUACAACGUCUCCCUGCCUCCCACUUCCGUUUGGUUCCGUGCAUCUACCUCCCAACGUCCCGAGUCGGACGUGUUCGAAAAGAUGAUGCCAACGUGUGAGGAUAUCCACGACGUAGUGCAGUGAUUGUGGAUGAUGUGUGUCUUCGUGUCGUCCGCUAUCUCUUGAAGUGAACUGAAAGUGACGACGGGGAAGUGCCACUGUUGUUGCUGCGUGAAAAGAAGCAGGUCGGGACGCUGUUUAGCGGGUAUUUGGAACGCAUUUGGACGAAGCAACAGAGAAAAUUAUGGGAUACGGCGUGAGCAGGCAAUCAGUUCUCCGCGGCGAAGUGGAAUCUGACCUGGGAAGUGCUCUUACACCACGCCAGGCGGAGCUAGUACGGUCGACGUGGGCCAUAGUCUCGCAAGAUCUCGCUGGAACGGGAGUCGUGGUUUUCAAAAGGUUACUGACGCGGUACCCCGAGUUAUGUCGGCUGUUUCGAAAGUUCAUGACGCUUAGGGAAGACGGCACGUACGACUGGGACAUGGAAGGCCUCCAGCGUCACGCACUCUUGGUCAUGCAAGGCUUAGAGGCUGCGGUGGAAAACUUGGAUGACAGCAGAGUCCUGGGAGACAUCCUCUACGAGCUGGGUAGGAAGCAUGCACGUUUCAACGUCCACGAAGAUAUGUUCGAUAAACUAUGGCACGCUCUUAAAUUUGGGCUGGAAGACGCCCUUCAAGACAAGUUCAACCGCGAGGUGGCGCAGGCGUGGUUCAUUAUCUUCCGCUUCCUCUGUCGAAAGAUCAUCGACGGCAUGCUGGAACACAGAGCCAAAAUGGCCGAAGAGAAAGCUAAACAGGAAGUGACGCAAGACAAUAAACCGCCUCCGGAAAAGAACAAACGUUAGCCGACAGAGGACGCCACGCGUUGCAUCACGCGGGCGUGACGCCCUCCUGCUGCGUCAUACCGCACACCACGUCACUCCCGGGUGACUGCGCCGUGUGCAGCACUUACAGCUUGUGGAAGCUAUUGCGGAAAGUGACCACGACCACAGCAAUUUCCUUGUGUCGAGCAGAUGUGUGUGUGUGCGUGCGUGCAUGGGAAGCUUAACUGUGAUUGGUUGGCUUUAUGGUGACGACUACGUUCGCGUUAUCGAUGCUGCUUGUGACAUUACCCGUGUGGCGUUUUCAUGUUCGACCACUCCUGACUAUACCAGUUUGUAUCACUAUAUUGUUGACAUAUUUACAUAAAGUAUAUACACACGCGAA